GAGGUCUUUUCCAGACUUAAUGAUUCUGUGGUUCUAUGAUAAAUGCUGGGCUCACUUUUACACUGGGAAACAGUGAGCAGCAUAGUUUAAAUCGCAACUCUGUGCGAUGAUUUAAGCAUGUGGAUAUCUCCAGAAGUUUGCCUAUCCCCAUAUACUCUGUAGAGCAAUAAAUAUGUAUAAAGCUAUAUGUGUAUACAGGUAUUAGCAGGUCUGAGGUCUCUUAUUGUUCCUUUCUAACUCUUCAGUGGUGUUUUGAAGCUUUGACUAUCCUCCGAGGAGAUAUCUGUUUCAGUCUCAGAGUCCCUUUGUCCCUUUGAUUUGCUUUGUUCCCUGUUCCUGUUGCGGCAGCACUCUGCAGGCUUCUGAACAAGAGCACUUUGCAGGAGGGAGCCCUGUGGUGGGGCAGGCAGCUCUGCUUUCUUCCUGGCCCACUGCCACCGCUGCUGCGGGAACCUGAGCUGAGCUGGGGUCAGAGGCAAAGUACUGCGUGUUCAGGGCAACAGCUUCACCGACUGCACCAGCGCACACAGCCUCCACCUGCAGAGUCCAUUUCCUUGACUCUGACAAACAAGUAGACAACAACUAGAGUUAAGGGAACCUGCUGCGCGGUGCACACCUUGCAAAGGCAACAUGAUCAGUGGUGCACUGCAGAUUGCCGGGCUGCUCCUCGGUGGCCUUGGCAUGAUUGGGACAUUCGCAGUCACAGGUAUGCCUCAGUGGAGGGUGUCUGCCUUCAUCGAAAACAACAUCAUUGUGUUCGAGACCAUUUGGGAAGGCCUGUGGAUGCACUGCAUCAGGCAAGCCAACAUCAGGAUGCAGUGCAAGGUCUACGACUCCGUGCUGGCCCUCUCGCCAGACCUGCAGGCAUCCAGGGGGCUGAUGUGUGCUGGAUCGGUGCUCUCCUUCCUGGCUUUCCUGGUUGCCACUGUUGGAAUGAAGUGCACGCGGUGCCGGCAGAGCGGCUGGCCAACCAAGGGCUAUAUCCUCUUGGCAUCUGGGCUCCUCUUCAUCCUCUCAGGCACCAUUGUGCUCGUUCCAAUCUGCUGGGUUGCCAACACCAUCAUCAGGGACUUCUACAACCCCGUGGUCAAUGUGGCACAGAAAAGGGAGCUUGGAGAGGCCCUCUACCUGGGCUGGGUGGCUGCCUUCUGCCUGUUGGCUGCUGGAGCUGUAUUCUGCUGCUUUUGCCACUGUUGUGAGAAAACCAGGAGCUACAACUACUUUGUGCCUCCUCACCACCUCCCGCUCAACCAACACUCGCACAGGACCACCGAAAGUGCCUACUCUAAGAGUCAGUAUGUCUAGAUACCUUCAGCCUUUUCCUUUUUUUUACUUUUCUUUAAGCAUCUUUUUAAGCAUUCAGUCUGUUUGGAUGGAUUUCAAUGAAAGUUGCCUUUGCCUCCUGUCCUGUAAGUGCUGCUGUGGUGGCUGCAUUUUGGAGAAACCCCCAGUGGGCUCUGCUGGGGUAAUGCUGCAGCACGGACAGUUGUACCACAUGGGAAGGUGACUGUUUAAUACUAUCUCAUAGUAACCUGGAAUAGCUUUGGGGUUGUGUGGUUUUGCUUUGGGUUGCAUUUUAUGUGUAAAAUAGAAAUGAAGGGCUUAAAGUUCCAUGGUGAUAUGAAAUACCGGCCUAGUGCGAAGAAAGGGGAGCUGAGCAGAUAAUUCCAUUUUUUUCUUUCCUGGGAAAGGGGAUAACAGUGAAUAAGGACAAGAUAACAAGGGUUUAAAAGAAAAGCGUUCACUAAGGGAUUGAUUUACUGUGGGUUUGAUGGAGAGUUUCAUGAGGAAUUUAUUCAUCAGAGGAAGGUAAGCUGAAAUACAUGAAAAAUACCCCUUAUUUUAGAGAACAAACAUAGCUCUAUAUUCAUCCUAAACACCAUCAUUUUGGUGAAAGUUACUAUUUCUUUUGUAAUCCAUACAGGUCAAACUCAUUCACAUCCUUCUCUUUAGAAAUGAUAGUUUUCCCUUGCCAACUCCUUGUAGCUCACAACAUUUUGCAAUAUUGCAUAGGUCACAAACACUGUGUUGGCUACCUGCCACAGGAUGUUAUGAUAUAUACAUCUUUUAAAAAUGAUCUUUUGGUCAGUCAGGCCCAUAUUUUUGCUGAGAUCCACUCGUACCAGCAUGGUUUAUAGGCAAAAGAGCAUAAACAGUGAUAGUAUUUUCUCACAGUUAACACCAGAACAAGCUUGACGAUAUUUUUAACAAGAUCAUGUACCCAUGAUAAAGAACUAUGUAAUGAAACUAAGUCUACUGAAAAAUAAAUGUAGUUCCAUACAAAUUAAUUUAAUGAGUGACCAAAAUUAAUCAAUAGUGAUAAUAUUUUUAAUAGAAUUUUGUAACCCCUGGCCCAUGGAAAUUAAUGGCAUUUUGCCUUUGACUUAACUGAUGACACAAUUCAAUUUUUGAUGUUUAAUGGAGAACAACACUUUUGAUCUUGAGUGUGAUUGACUAUUUUAAAUAUUUUAUAGAAAGUUUAUGAUGUGAUCUGUAAUUCUGUAGUAAAUUCCUUAGACUAUUACUACUUGAAAAUUCAGAAUCAAAUUCUCCACUUCAUAAAAUGCAACUCUGAGCAAGCUAGAAAAAAAUAAUAAUCUGCGCAUUUCUCUAAAACUAUCUUUUUAUAGUCUUUAUAAGAUGCAUAUUCAGAUGUUCAGGGGAGGUUCAGGUUGGAUAUGAGGAAGCAUUUCUUCUCAGAAAGAGUGGUGAGGCAGUGGCACAGGCUGCCCAGGGAGGUGGUGGAGUCACCGUCCCUGGAGGUGUUCAAGAGCCGUGUGGAUGUGGCACUGAGGGACAUGGUCAGUGGGCAUGGUGGGGGUGGGCUGACUGUUGGACUAGGUGAUCUUAGAGGUCUUUUUCAGCCUUAAUGAUACUAUGUACUUGUGUAUGUAACUUAUUUUUUCUCCUUAUUUUUAAGCAAAUUAUUUCUAAAUAUGUAUAUGUGUAAUGAUCAUGAACUUUUUUGUAACAUAGCAGUAAGUAGUUACAUUUCCUUUGUAUUCUUUCAUUAAUAUUUAUACCCACAUCCAGUCUUUUCUGGGGGGGAGAGUGGAGGAUCUAACAUGGAACUUGUAGCUGGAACGCCAGGAUUUAUAACAAUGAUGUCUGCAAUAAAGUCACUUGUUAAGUUAACCCUCUAAAAA